CUCUGACUGGGGACGCGGUCCCAUUUAAUCGCAUGAUAUAAUUGGCUUAGGUUGUCAACGUUUAACGUCAUAGAGCUUUAAAUCGGUUUAUUUGAUCCGAGCUCGGUUGGACUUUGUUUCGUCAAGCUUGAAUCAAGCAAGCAUCAGCCCUCAAUUGAGGAAAGGUAAUCGUUACUCUUAUUUCUGCUCGACAAUUGAUUGAAUAAGGUACUUUCAUGAUAAUGGCUAGUUCGCAGUGUCUGCGCCUCAGGUCACUCGCCUCCUCAGGCCUUGCAAGGCCCUCGGCUAAGCUCAGUGCUAAACAUAUGACCCGACUUCCCAUGAUCGCCGCACGAUACAAGUCGGGUCCUUAUGGCUACACACAAGCUAAGGCUCUUGUCUUCUCAAAGCCUGGAGACCCAGCCAAAGUUCUCAAGCUUCAUAGUCACUCUGUCUCCCCUUCUAUUCCCUCGGAUUCGGUCCUCGUCCGAACUCUCGCCGCUCCCAUUAACCCCGCCGAUGUCAACACAGUUCAGGGAGUUUAUGGCUCUAUGCCUCCCUUCACCAACUUAAUUGGUACCGCUGAACCCUCCGCCAUUCCCGGUAACGAAGGUGUCUUCGAGGUUGUUGCCACAGGGUCACCCUCCUCCUCGCUACAGAAAGGCGACUGGGUCAUCCCCGCCAUCGGCCAGUUCGGUACUUGGAGAACCCAUGCCAUCGCUGAAGCUGAUAAGUUUAUCAAGAUCGAUAAGGAGGGCUUGACUCCUACGCAAGUCGCGACCGUGAGCGUCAACCCAUGCACCGCCUACCGCAUCCUGCGACAUUAUGGACCCAGUGCUGGUCUUCAAGCUGGUAUGGGUAUGCGCCCCCUUGAAGUUGGCAGUGGUCAGUGGUUCAUCCAGAACGGCGCCAACUCUGGUGUUGGACGAGCUGCCAUCCAGUUUGGAAAGCUCUGGGGCUUGAGGAGCAUCAAUGUUAUUCGCGAUCGCGAAACACCCAGGGCGACUAACGCUUUAAAGAAAGAGCUCCAAGACCUCGGCGCUGAUGUCGUCGUUACCGAAACCCAGUUUCUGACUCCCCAGUGGAAGGAUCAACUAGCAGAGAUCACCCGCAAGGGUCGUGAGGAGAUCGGUCUAGGUCUCAACUGCGUUGGUGGCAAGUCGGCAACCACAAUCGCUCGGUCGCUCGGCAAAGGCGCUACUUUGGUCUCUUAUGGUGGCAUGGCUAAGCAGCCAGUCUCACUACCCCUCGCUCUCCUUAUCUUCAAGGAUGUCCGUUUCCUCGGUUUCUGGCUCAGCAGACUCAAUGAGGAGGACCCUACCGGCAGGAGACAUGCCAUCAACGAUAUUCUCCAGCUCAUCCGAUCUGGCCAGUUCCGCGACGUCCCUAUCGAGGAGGUAAAGUGGGACUGGGAGACACAGGAGGAGACUCUGCGCAAUGCCGUACAGCAGGGCCUUGAGGGAUUCCGUAAGGGAAAGGGUAUCUUCACAUUUGGCGAGACAUAGGCGGGAUGAAAAUGUGUGGACAAGAGCAUAACGUACAUCGCGAUUGGUUGGGCUGGCUAUUCCAAUUUGAACAGGUGAACCAGGCCGCUGCAGAGUGUGAUAAGUAGCCACUCCUUGAACCAUGGCCCAACGGGUAUAGAGACCCGGGCCCUGGACGAAAUGAACGACAAAUGUAAACAAUAACAUCUCAAAUAUCAAGAUCUGGUUUGUUGCCUAGCAAAAGCUAAUAUAUAUCAUAUGAACGCCCCAACUCCUAACGCCCGUGUCAUUCCCAAUCAUUCUAUGCCCUGAAAGCCUGGGCCCACUCAUGCAGCUUGUCAAUGACGACAGGAGCGUAAGAUGUUUGAGCUUCUUCGAUGAUCCGGUCAAAGUGACUUAGUGCCUCUUCUUCACUCAACUCCAAGUGAAAACGGUCUCGGACCUUGAGCACUGCCUUAUCAGGCUCAAGUCGGAUAUCAGGGAUGUUGGCAUCAACCAUGAGACUAAAGAGAUUGAGAAUGAGAUUUGAGUUUUUGCGCAGUGCCGUAAAUGCAAGGAAGCAGUACUGCUUGAACUGCUUGUAAUGCUCUGAGUUCACGCCACCCAUGCAAUCCACCAUCUCCUUGGACAGCUUCAUCAGAGGUGCAAAAGGCUUGGGAUCUCUGCCAAGAAUGUAGCCGAAGUCGGCAUGGAAGAAGUGACCGUCAGGUGCAAGAAGCAGGUUCUCCAGGUGACGAUCACCAACGCCGAGGAUAUAAGUGAUGACACAGUAUCCUGCGCAAGAUCUUACGUACGUGUCCAGUGUUUCUUGUCGGACGCCGAGAGGUUGGCCGUCAUCCGGGUUAUUAAUCUUGAGGUAGGCCAAAGCUGGGUUGUUUUUGAACUUGUUAGCAAUGCUUGACAAGCUUUGGGAUUGUACAAAUUGCGAAGCGCCAGCAGAAGUACUUGUCGCCAGGAUCUUGUAGGGCGACAGCUUGAGGUCAAGGUUCUCUUUCUGCAGCAGUUGAUCCAUAAGGGUGAUAAUCUGAAUAACAAGCUGAUCUUGUCUAAGAUCAUCACCCAGCUUGAAGAUAAUGGCAUAGGAGCUCCCAGUUGCUGUCUUGAAGGUGCACUUGAACGGGUUUAGUGAAGACUUGAACACAACUGUCUGGUCUGGUAUGAUGCUCGUAAUCAGCACUGAAGGGUCAAGCGGCAUCGGUAAGGGCGGAUCGAAUGAUAAUAACUCGUUCUUGGGAUCAGCCAGAAAGUGCUUAACUCGGUCCACCUUCUUCGGAAUUGAUUCAUUCGAGGUUUUGACCUCUUGAGCAAUUCUCGAGAGAAUAGCAACUAACUCUGCUUGGCGCAACAAAGUCUUGCGUGUUUCCUGGCCAUCCGGCUGUUUAACAAGCUCGGCCAUGAAGUCGUAUGCGACCUUGCGGUAGAUGUUGCGGUUAUCAAUACCUUGCUCAGGGCUAGCAUCGUCACACUCGACCAUGAGAUACCAGUGGAAAUAAUUGCCGAGCAAAAAGUUGGCAGCGGCACGCUGGAUCAGGAAACGGGCCAGGGAUGAAUCUUGACUGCUUUCCUCUUCUGAAUCUGCUGAUAUGUGCUCAUACUUGAGCGCUUGAACAAGUUGAAGAAGAUAAAGCAGAAGUUCCUUGUCGUCGGCUUUUCGUAGUCUGUCUACAGCGUACGAACGCACAGCAGAGUUGUCGAAGGAUGGCCCGAGGAGCUCCAGCGCAUCGUCAACAUCGAUUGCAGUCCAGCGCCCAAGAACCUGGAUAGCUUGUCUGGCCUCACCCUGAUCGCUCCAGUUGACAGAUUUGACAAACUUUGUCAACGCUCUCUUGUCUCGAGUCAAGUGGUAACGGAAUUUCCAUACCAGAUCUGCCUCCUCUGGGGUGAGAACAUGAGUUGGAGAAUACGACAUUAUGAGAUUGAGCUCAUCUCGAACUUUGGCAUUCGGCUUCAAGUUCUUAUCAAUGAUGCCGUGCCUAUACGAGCUUCUGAAUAGUCUUCGAUGCUUGGCCUCUGCAGGGUUGUCUCUGUGCCCAACUUCAGGGUCGUAGACUUUGAUGAGCCGUCUCCCAGGUGCCGAAGAGCUCUCGCCUACGGCAUUGAUACCUGGACCGUAAUGAACCUCUGGCUGGCGAUUUGCGAGGCUUGCUUGCGAAACGGAGAGAUUCUGGAAAGCUGAAAUCGGGGGCGGAUCGUAUUCGUGGUCAGCGAAGACAACAGGGAAAUCGAAACGUGGCAACUCCACGUUCAGUAAGAACGUCGACUGUCCAGGGCGCCCGUCCUUGUUUUCGCCAUCUCGAUUGUCCGGAUCAUUCUCACCGUUGAUAGCCCGUUGCCUCUGGAGCAUUUUCAUUGACGAUUUGGCAGCUUGCAGGCCUCGUUUCUCAAAGCUCCGAAAGACCAUCUGAUCUAGCCAGUCAACUCGGGGAAUCUCGCCCAUCUCGUGUUUCUUAAAUAAGGUCUCCAUCCGUUCUAACUCUUCUGCAUCCUUAUCUAGUGGGGGGACUUCCCCUUUUCGCGUUGUUUUCUUCUUUGUCGAAACCAACGCGGGCGUUGUUGAGUUGUCGGUGCCGUCUGCAUUUUUGUAUCGGUGAACAAGACACUUUUGUCUUCCCUUCUGUACUUGAUUAUCCUCAUCGAACAUGGGCAGUGUCGUGCCACCAAACGGAAUGGCAUGGCCAAUGGCCCCUUUGCCGCCAGUCGGUGAUAGGUCCCAUACUGUUAUAGCCAAGCAUGAGUUGGCUGGUAAGGAGUCGUAUGUGAUAGGCAACUGUAGCCACUCAUUCCAUCUAACUUGGUCAAUACGUGUGCCAUCACAUUCGGAGGGUAUCGUACUUUCGCUCGGAUCGAAAAGGUUUAUAAGCGGUCUGAACAGGGACGGUCAAGGGUUUUGAUCCAGCCCAGAUCUGCACUGUGACAUAAAGGUCAGAGUACGUGCUAGCAGUUCUUGUUAGUCUAUCGCGAAAGUUAGGAUAGUGAGCAAUGUCGCGCACCCAAGGUUGGACCCAACGUGGCGCAAGUCAGGGCGCUCGAGAAGAGUGGAGUGCUUGAAGGGAGGUUCGUCACCCUCUAGGUUCAUACUGCUCAAGGUCAGCCUCAGUAUACCCAUGAUGGGAGGGGUUCGAGGGGCAUUACAUGCGAAUGGUCACAGGAUGAUGGACGUCCUUGGAAGCCGCAAAAGAGAACGGGUCCAUACGCCCGUACUCAGACAUGAUAGGCUAGGUCAUGCUGUGUAAGUAGAAGAGAAGUAGAACUGCGCGCAGAAAACGAGAGCUGUUGUUGGUGUUGUAGGUUUUGAGUUGCGUUGUGAAUAUACCUUAGGCAGGGUUGGUAGUAGUAGUACCUAGUGGCUGGUGUCGAGGUGCGAUAAGAUAAGGUAAAGUGACGUUGACAGCUCAGCUCAGCUCAGCUUAAUGACUGUGGAGAGGAUCCAAUCGCAUGGCCCGGGUC